CUUGCAAAACUUGAAGGUUCGACAGCAAUAAACGAGGGUAAAAUCAAAUGCGGUCUUUGUUGCAAGUCGUAUACCGUUCAACUUGACAGAGCCACAGCAGGGAAGAUAUCAUUCUUCAAAAGAAGUAGGUUCAGUUUUAUCAUAAUAAAAUAUGUAACAUUACUUGCCUUGUAAGAAAGCAGUUAAUAGUCAACUUUUAAUACGGACACAUUUAAGCGAUUUCCUUUUCCUAUUAUUGACCUUUAAAUAAAGGUAGAAUUUUCAUCCGAUCAUAAAAGUAAAUUAGUAAUAAUGAUACUUACAAAUAAAAACAAACUAGCACUGAUAUUCUUUCCUAUUUCAGCUCACUUCAAUAUGUGCCAGAAACAGAGAAACGCUGAGGUUAAAGGAGUUAAAACAUUAGAAAAUUUCUUCGCCAAUUUAACUGCAAAAUCUACACCUGCACGUGCUAGCUUUGCUGAGACUGGGUUAAAUGACAACGACCAAGAACAGUUUGACGGCGCUGACGCAAUCGUUUCAGAGAAGUAA